AUGGGGGGCCCGAAGAAGGGAGACUCCACUAGGUACUACAAGAUCCUGGGCGUGUCCCCCACCGCGACCCCCGACGAAAUCAAGAAGGCUCAUCGCAAGCUCGCUCUUAAGCAUCACCCAGAUAAGGGCGGCGACCCCGACACGUUCAAGGAAAUCAAUGAGGCCCACGACGUCCUGAAGGACCCCAAGAAGAGAGAAAUUUACGAUAGGUACGGCGAGGAGGCGAUCAAGGAGGGCAUGGGCGCAGGGGGCGGCGGCGGUGGUGGCAGCAUGGCCGACCUGUUUGGCGAGCUUUUCGGCGGCGGCGGUCGCGGCGGGCGCGCGCGCGAGCGGCGCAGCGACGACGUGGUGCACAAGCUGCAGGUGCCCCUUGAGGACCUCUACACCGGCACUACGAAGAAGCUGUCGCUCGCGCGGAAGGUGCUGUGCGGCACAUGCUCUGGCACCGGCUCGCGCUCCGGCAAGCGCUACGAGUGCAACACAUGCCAUGGCAGCGGCAUCCAGGUCCACAUCCGGCCGAUCGGGCCCGGCAUGGUGCAGCAGAUCCAGGCACGCUGCAGCGAAUGCAAUGGCUCUGGGUCAUCACAGCCGCACAGCGACCGCUGCGGCACCUGCAGCGGCAGCGCGCUCGUGAACGAGAAGAAGACGUUUGAGGUGGCCAUCGAGCCGGGGGCGCGCCACGGGCAGAAGAUCGUGCUGCGCGGCGAGGCGGGCGUGAGCGAGGCGGGGCUGGAGCCGGGGGACGUGGUGCUGGUGGUGGCGCAGAGGGAGCACGCCGUGUUCCAGCGGAUGCCCCACAACAGCCAGGACCUGGUGAUCGUGAAGGAGAUCAACCUGCGCGACGCGCUGUGCGGCGUCAGCUUCACCAUCAAGCACCUGGACGGGCGGGUGCUGCACAUCACCAGCCCCGAGGGCGAGGUGGUGCGGCCGGACUGUGUCCAGUGCGUGGCGGACGAGGGCAUGCCGUACCCCGGCCGCCCCUACGUCAAGGGCAACCUGUACAUCAACUUCCAGGUCGAGUUCCCCAAGACCCUGGAUGCCGCCGCGGUCGACAGCCUCCGCACGCUGCUGCCCGCCACGCCCCCGGCCGGCGACGCGGCCAACGGCGGCGGCGCGGGCGGCUCCAUGGACCUGGACGACGCUGAGCCCUGCCGGCUGCGCCACGUGGCGGACAGCGUCAAGGACUUCCAGGAGGGGGAGCGCAAGGAGCGCGCGCGGCUGGCGCGCGGCGCGUCCAGCAACGCGUACGAGUCUGACGAGGACGACGACUACCCGGGGGGCGGCGGCGCGCAGCGCGUGCAGUGCGCGCAGCAGUAG